UCGUACGCACACAGGUGAUUUUGUUGCACAUUAUUUUGAUAAGCUGUGGAAGUCAUAAAAAGCCGACAUUGUCAACAAAAAAAUAGAGGACUAGCAACAUUGCUACAUAGUGUUAUGGCUUCUUCGUCCAAUCCAUCGCUGGCUGGAUCCAACAUUGGUACCAAUAACGAGAAAAAUACAAAUCUCAUCGUCUCGGGGAAGUCUUCAACCAACAACAAUAAAAUGACUGUAGCAUCCAUUCAGAAGGCUUUCCAUGACAUUAUCAAAGAUCAAACAAGUUUAGACGAGGCUGCACUCUACCUAUAUCAGUCAUUACUUGACGAUGCUAUAGUGGGUGUAUUCCUGGAAAUACAUCAUUUGCAUAAGACUGGUAACUUAGAUGCUCUAGAUGGAGUGCCCGAAGAAGGAACGGACGCUUCCUAUCGCAUCGUAGAUAUGCCAAAUUAUGAUAUUUUCGGCAUUUCAUCAGUUAAAAAGCUAAUGGAUUGCACAUGUCCAAACUGUGAUAGGCCCGUGUCAGCGUCCCGCUUUGCGACACACUUAGAGAAAUGCAUGGGCAUGGGGCGUAAUUCGUCACGUAUAGCUAGCCGGCGUUUAGCCACUAAGGAAGGUACAAGUGCUAGUUCUUCGUCGUCUUCAUCGUAUCUGCAAACGACUGUUGGCACCGAUGACGAGGACGACAUUGACUGGUCGUCAGAGAAACGCCGAAAGAAGACUAAUCAAAGCAAUCGAAACAAUGGCUCUAAAAAAAAUAAUGGCAAAUCAUUCUAAGCUCGGGGAGAAAAAUGUAAAAGUAUAAGUAUACAAUUUACUAUUUUGUUUCGCAUUCAGACUGCAGACUGCAGGAAAAAGUAGAAUUGCAUUUCUAUAUGCAAUGAAUAUAAUUGUUAGUGGUUAUUAGUGCAUGUAACUAUGAUAGCGUGUACAUAGACAUACUGAGAUGCAACAUCUAAACUGUGCUAAAAGAUUCCAUUUAUAGUGUAAAAUACAUGUUUUAUUUAUAAAUGCCUUGUAUACAUUCUACCAACUUAUUCAAGUUAUAUAAUAAUAAAUAAAAUGUGAGAAACGGAACUGCCGAUAAUGAAAACAAAAAAUCUUUCAAUA